AUGGUUUCUGCGCCGACCAUUGGCAAUGCCGCUGUUGGAGGCAGUGCAAGCGCGCCUACCAGCUCACGCGCGUCUCCAGCUGUCGGUGCCGGCAAGGCGAAGGCCGGCCAGGUCAACUCCAACGGAUACCACCCGACGAACCCUCAGAUCCCCCUGAGCUCCAUGACGAGCCUGCCACUCGACUUGUCGUCGGUCGAGCGACGCGGGCAGCCGACGGCCGCGAAAGAGCCGAUGAAGAAGAAGAACCGACCACAUGGACUCGAGGAGGCGCCGACGUACUGUCCGACCGAAGAAGAAUGGAAGGACCCUUUCGAAUACAUUCGAAAAAUCACACCUGAGGCCAAGCAAUUCGGCCUAUGCAAGAUUAUUCCACCCGACUCGUGGAAUCCCGAGUUCGCCAUCGACACAGAAGACACGCAAGCAGGAGUUGAACUCGGUCGAAGGAAGUAUGCGCCUCCCAAGACACGCACUCACACAGGCAACGGGCUCCAUCGGCUGACUUUUGCAGGCACACGCGCCAACAUGUCCUACCUCGAUGCGCUCGCCAAGUUCCACAAACAGCAGGGUAACAACCUGCACCGUUUACCCUAUGUCGACAAGAAACCCCUCGACCUGUAUCGGUUAAAGAAGGCUGUGGAGGCACGUGGCGGCUUUGAGAAGGUGUGCAAGGGAAAGAAGUGGGCUGAAAUUGGCCGCGAUCUCGGAUACAGCGGCAAAAUCAUGUCCUCAUUGUCGACAUCGCUCAAGAACUCGUACCAAAAAUGGCUCUGCCCGUACGAGGACUACCUCCGAGUGGCGAAGCCCGGCGUUCACCAGCAGCUCGAGCUCGAAAAUGGCGGACCUUAUACCCCGACCCACGGUGGCCCGGCUCUCACAUGUCUCUGUUCCGACCCGUCUGGGCCCCGACCCCCACGUGAUGAGAACUCAACGCCUGGCGAGAAAUGUGAGACCUGUGGCAAGGCCGAUGAGGCGGGCCCUUUGCACGUAUGCGAAUCGUGUGACCACGCUUACCACGGCUCAUGUCUGGACCCGCCACUGAAGCAAAAAGUCGACCCCGAAUGGAACUGUCCGCGCUGUCUAGUAGGCGAUGGGCAGUAUGGAUUUGAAGAGGGCGGCCUUUAUUCGCUACGUCAGUUCCAACAAAAGGCUGCCGACUUCAAACAAGGGUUCUUCGAACGAAAGAUGCCAUACGAUUCGGUCCUGAAGUGCCACCGACCAGUGACCGAGGAGGAUGUUGAAACCGAAUUCUGGCGCCUAGUUGCAGACAUGGAAGAGACGGUGGAGGUCGAGUAUGGUGCCGACAUCCACUGUACGACACACGGCUCUGGCUUCCCAACCGUAGAGAAGCAUCCAAAGAACCCAUACUCAACCGAUCCUUGGAACCUGAACCUCUUGCCACUGCAUCCUGAGAGUCUGUUUAGGCAUAUCAAGUCCGACAUCUCGGGCAUGAUGGUUCCCUGGGUCUACGUGGGCAUGAUCUUCUCAACAUUCUGUUGGCACAACGAAGAUCACUACGCGUACUCGGCCAACUACCAACACUUCGGCGCAACGAAGACGUGGUAUGGUAUCCCCGGGGAAGACGCGGAGAAGUUUGAAGCGGCGAUGAGAGAGGCUGUGCCUGAGCUGUUCGAGACACAGCCGGAUUUGCUCUUUCAGCUCGUCACACUUCUGACUCCGGAGCAACUCAAGAAGGCUGGCGUCAGGGUCUUCGCGUUGGACCAGAGAGCCGGACAAUUUGUCAUUACUUUCCCCCAGGCAUAUCAUGCUGGCUUCAACCAUGGCUUCAACUUCAACGAGGCCGUCAACUUUGCCCCCUGCGACUGGGAACCGUUUGGUCUUUCCGGCGUGACCAGGCUUCGCGACUUCAGGAAGCAGCCAUGCUUUUCGCACGACGCACUUCUCUGGACGGCAGCCGAGGGAACAGCAACAAACGGCCUCACCAUCCAGACGGCAAAAUGGCUAGCACCAGCACUUGAGCGCAUUCACGAGCGUGAGCUCGCAGCUCGAGCAGACUUUAUCUCGAAACAUGUUCAGUCGCAAGGGCAUAAGUGCAGUCUCACGGGCGCCAACAACAGUGACUGCCCGCUUGCGUUUGAGAUUGAGGAAGCUGACCUGCCUUUAGAGGAUGACUACCUCUGCUCUUACUGCAAGGCGUUCAGCUAUCUAUCGCGAUUCAGAUGCACCAAGACGGGCAAAAUUCUUUGCCUGCUACAUGCCGGCCAGCAUGCGUGCUGCGACGUACCCGAGUCCCAGCGCUAUCUUGGUGAGCAACACGUGCUCCUGUAUCGCAGGGCCGAAGAUGUUAUUGCCGCAACCUUCGCCAAGGUGUUGGAGAAGGCGCACACGCCUGAGGCCUGGGAGGAGAAGUACGACAAGAUGCUUGAGGAAGAGGCGACACCGUCUCUCAAGUCGUUGCGUGCUCUUCUUCACGAGGGCGAACGCAUUCCCUACGAUCUCGUUUCGCUGCCUUUACUGCGAGAGUUCGUCGAUCGAUGUAACGAGUGGGUGGAAGAGGCAACAAACUACACUGUGCGCAAGCAGCAGAACCGGCGCAAGAGCGACAAGGGCCUGACGAAUCGUAAGAGUUCCGUUGCGGACCAGAAGGAAAGAGACGCCCGCGAUGUGAGCAACAUUUACCGCCUGCUUCAAGAAGCGGAACACAUUGGGUUCGACUGCCCUGAGAUCCUUCAACUGCGCGAGCGAGCCGACGGCAUCGAAACGUUCCAGAAAAACGCAAACAAGGCUUUGGAGCACUUGCACACAGCCACGGCAGAAGUCAUUGAGGAGCUCCUCGAAGAGGGCCGCUCUUUCAAUGUUGACAUCCCCGAGGUCGGCCGACUGUCGCGUAUCCUCGAUCAGCUGAACUGGAACGACAAGGCGCGCCGGAGCCGCAGCGUUGUCCUCAAUUUGAAUGAGGUCAAAGAGCUCAUCGAAGAGGGCCAGCGUCUGGAGAUACCAUCCUACAACGACCAUCUGACUUACUAUCUCGACCAGAUGCAUGCCGGGCAGGUAUGGGAGAAGAAGGCGCGCGAGCUCAUCUAUGCGGAGGCUGUGCACUACGCCCAGUUGGAGGCCCUCUCCACGCAGGUCACGGUCAAUUCGCUACCAGUCUCUCAGGAGACCCUGGCCGCUGUGGAUGCCAUUCUGCACAAGCAGCGGGAAGCCCACCGCCAGAUCCUAGACUUGACCGAGAGAUCGCGUCAUCCCGACAUUCGCAAACGACCCAAAUACACUGAAGUGGCUGAAAUCAUGCGAAAGCUGGAAGACCUCAACUCGAAGCCCAACGGUACGUUGGAUCUCGGUCGCGAGCAAAAGCGUCACGAGGACUGGAUGCGCGAGGGCAAGAAGCUAUUCGGCAAGACAAACGCCCCUCUGCAUAUUCUCAAGAGUCACAUGGAAUAUGUCCUCGAGCGCAAUCAGGAUUGCUUCGAUAUUGUCAACGACAAGCCGCGGACUCCAGCCGAACCCGCAUCGCGAGAAGCAAGCCCGGAAGCCAGGGCCAGCCGUUUCGAAGAUUCUCGUGUGCGCGAAGUUUUUUGCAUCUGUCGCAAGGUCGAGGCCGGCAUGAUGAUCGAGUGUGAAUUAUGUCAUGAAUGGUACCACGGAAAGUGUCUCAAGAUUGCUCGCGGCAAGGUCAAGGACGAGGACAAGUAUACCUGCCCCAUCUGCGAUUGGCGUCUGAAGGUUCCACGAGAUGCCGCCCGACCAAAGCUCGAGGAUUUGCUUGCGUGGGCCGACAAGAUCAACAACCUUCCCUUCCAGCCGGAAGAGGAAGAAGUUCUGCAACAAAUCAUCGACAACGCGCAAGAAUUCCGCAAUCAUGUCGCGGGCAUUUGCAACCCGCUCGUGUCGACCAAAUCAGAGGCAGACACGCAGCGAUUCUAUCUCCGCAAGAUCGAGGGUGCCGAGAUCCUCCUCGCCUACGAAACCAACUUUUUCAGACAGGAAUUGCACAAGUGGUGCCCCGUCGCCCCGAACCCGCCGCCGGUACUGGAGGUGUCUAAGAGCACGCGCAAGCCACGCCCUACGAAAUUGCAGAAGCUGCUGGCGCAGUACGGCGUUGAUGACCCAGAGGACCUUCCCGAGAACAUGAAGCAGAAGGCCGCCAGCUUGAUACGCAAAGCACAAAAUGCCGAGGCUGCCGCUAAUGCCCACGCAGCCGGUGUUGCGGCGUCGGCAGCCGGGGCACGGGUCCCCCCGGGCAGCCGGCAUUCGACAACAAGCAAGGACGAUGCCAUGGAUAUCGAUAGCGGACCAACGCUGCACCCAGGCCUCUUCAUGCCCAACGGAAAUGGAGGUCCACAGCUGGUCCACGACAACUCAUCCAUGUCGUUAGAGGAUCGACUCAACAACGGCCAGGAGGACGGCCUCAACCUGCUUGAUCCGGGCCAGAGGAGUAAGGCUCUCGAGAUCCUAGGCAGGACGGAUGUCGGGCGCAAGAGGGCCGAGGAAAUGUACGGCCCAGGCGUUUGGAACGAGAACAAGGGCCUUCGACAGAGUCCAGCCACGGGUGCAACAGGAGGACCUCAAGACGAGCGCGCUGUGGAUAAAAUGUUCGAAGACCUGACGAACCACGACGAUGACGGGCGCAAGGGCAGGGAACCAUUCGACGGGUUUGUACCGACAGCGGAGAGUUUUGAAAAUGAGCGCAACGGGAUGGACGCGCUGCUAGACGGCGAGUAG